CUGCUGUUAUUCACUGCUUCGUCCAGCAGGUGGCGGUAAACCUUCCACCUGCUCCAUUUUAAGAGUAGAAGAAGAAGUUGUGUUUAUAUAUCUCUUGCUGGCUAGCUGGAGACUCUGGAGCAACACAAACAUAUAUAUUUUGUGUUUUUAUACUCGUUUAAUGAACCGAACAGGAUUUUUGUGUUUCGACAUGUGUUUUAAAGUCUAAAUACAGUAAAAACGUAGUCUGUCACGUCUUCGUUGUGCGCUGAAUGAAACAUUAACUCAGAAGAAGUCGGUUUAUUAUCUAGAAAUUUCUCCAGCUGCUUCCUCCGGAGGAUCUGUGACAACAGCGCAGAGACUGGAUGGCUCUCUGUUGGUUUCUGAUCCAUGUCCUCCUCUUCACCUCCUCCUCCUCCUCCUCCUCCGCGGCUAACACUGAGUUCUUCACCUCCAUCGGUCACAUGACCGACCUGCUGUUCACGGAGAAGGACCUGGUCACCUCCUUAAAGGAUUACAUCACAGCAGAAGAGAGGAGACUGAAGGAAAUCAAGAAAUGGGCGGACAAACUGGACGUCCUCUCUGCAGCGGCCACCCAGGACCCCGAGGGCUUCCUUGGGAACCCGGUGAACGCCUUCAAACUGAUGAAGAGACUCAACACAGAGUGGGCGGAGCUGGAGAGCCUGGUGCUGACUGACAUGUCGGACGUGUUCAUCUCUAACCUCACCAUCCAGAGGCAGCACUUCCCCAACGACGACGACCAGACCGGCGCCGCCAAAGCUCUGAUGCGGCUGCAGGACACGUACCAGCUGGACACACACACCAUCGCCACCGGAGCGCUGCCCGGCUCGUCCUCCGCCACCUCUCCCCACAGCUCUCUGACUGUGGACGACUGCUACGACCUCGGGAAGGUGGCGUACUCGGAGGCGGACUACUACCACACAGAGCUGUGGAUGGUUCAGGCCCUGAAGCAACUGGACGAGGGCGAGGCGUCCGGCACCGUGGACGCUGUCACCAUCCUGGACUACCUGAGCUACUCUGUCUACCAGCAGGGGGAGCUGGAGACCGCGCUGGCCUUCACCCGCAGGCUGCUGCAGCUCGACCCGAAUCACCAGCGAGCCAACGGGAACCUGAAGUACUUUGAGUAUCAGUUGGCCAAGCAGCAGAAGGUGGAGGAGAGCGAGGAGGACGCGCGGUUGAGGAGGGAGACGCGGGGUCGACCCGCCGACUACCUGCCAGAGAGGAAGAAGUAUGAACAGCUGUGUCGCGGCGAGGGCCUCGGGAUGUCUGCUCGCAGGCAGAGCCGCCUCUUCUGCCGUUACUACGACAACAACCGGCACCCGAAAUAUGUGAUCGGUCCGGUGAAGCAGGAGGACGAGUGGGACGGCCCCCGCAUCGUCCGAUACCACAACAUCGUGUCGGACGCAGAGCUCGAGAAGAUUAAAGAGCUCGCCAAACCUCGGCUGCGUCGGGCCACCAUCUCCAACCCCCUCACUGGUACCAUGGAGACGGCCCACUACCGCAUCAGUAAGAGUGCGUGGCUCGGAGCGUUUGAGCACCCAGUUGUGGACCGAAUCAACCAGAGGAUCGAGGACCUCACCGGCCUGGACGUGACCACAGCAGAAGAGCUGCAGGUGGCGAACUACGGAGUGGGAGGACAGUACGAGCCACACUUUGACUUUGGACGGAAAGAUGAACCAGAUGCUUUCGAACAGUUGGGGACAGGAAACAGAAUCGCUACCUGGCUGCUUUACAUGAGCGACGUACAGGCAGGGGGCGCCACAGUCUUCACUGACAUCGGAGCUGCUGUUUGGCCCAAAAAGGGGACGGCGGUGUUCUGGUACAAUCUGUUCCCCAGUGGAGAAGGAGACUAUCGGACCCGACACGCCGCCUGUCCCGUUCUGGUCGGCAACAAGUGGGUGUCCAAUAAAUGGAUCCAUGAACGAGGGCAGGAGUUCAGGAGGCGCUGUGGCCUCCACCAGACUGACUGACCUCCUUCUCUCUCCUCCUCCUCCUCCUCCUCCUCCUCCUCCUCCUCCUCCUCCUCCUCCUCCUCCUCCUCCUCCUUUCUCCAAACUGCUGAUUCUGUGGCUGCACAUGUGAUCUGAUUCACUUUUACCUGAACAGUGAGUGUGAGGGGUGAAUUUUCAAAGAAUGGAUUGAUUUGCAAUGAGGCUCAUUUGCAUAGAAAAGGGCCGAUUUUGCACCAAAUGUAUGCACAUUUACCUCAUUUAAAUAUGUGCAAAUAAAUCUGGAGCAACGAGACGCAAUAUGCUUGGCAGUGCAGCUAGGGGUGCAAUUCACUCUUUGAGAGUACUUUGACAAUUACACGUUUUUUUCCCUUGUUUGCACAUAUUUUGCAGCCGCAAAAGCCUCUCAACCCCUUUGUUAAUUCAGUGGUGUGUGUGUGUGUGUGUGUGUGUGUGUGUGUGUGUGUGUGUGUGUGUGUGUGUGUGUGUGUGUGUGUGUGUGUGUGUGUGUGUGUGUGUGUGUGUGUGUGUGUGUGUGUGUGUGUGUGUGUGUGUGUGUGUGUGUGUGUGUGUGUGGUCAAACAGCAGAUAUGACUCCGUCACUCACAUGUGUUACAUCACAAAAAGCUUUUUAUUUUUUAUGUUUAUUCACACUGUGAAUACCUUCAGUCUGAUAUAUUAACCCUCUGAACCCCAAGCAAUUUCAGAUCACGUUUUCCUUGUUUUUUACUUCAAAAUAUAUAAAAUAUAUAUAAACUCUGUAAGUCCUGCAGCAAUAUGGAAUCAGCACAAACAUGGCUGGAAGUGGGAACGACUCAAACAUGUCUGUUGUGCAGAAUAACACAGUUAUAAUGACGUAAAUCAUAAUUUAAGGAAAAAGUUUAAUUUUUAAAAUUGCAAAAGGAAAAUAUUUAAAAAUAAAUGCAUCAGUAAUGUGAAUAAAUUAAUUAAUGGAAAACUAAAUAAAUACAUUUACAAAUAGCUAGAAAAAAAAUCUAUAAAUAAUAUGAUAUAGGAAUAGUGUUAAAUAUUAAAUUAAUAAAAAAUAAAAUAAUAUAUGGAAAAAUUUAUUUUAAAUUUUAUAUAAAAAAAUUAAAUACAUUAAUAAAUGGAAAAUUAAAUUGGAGUAAAUAAAUAAAGGUUUUUUUGUUUUUUGCUCAUAAGUGAUGACAUGUAUGAUAAAAUUAUUUUGUUUUGUGGGAAAAUGUUAAUAAGCAGUUAUUAUUAUUUUUGUAUCCUUGGUAUAUUACACAUUAAACCAACAAAAUCAGACAGUCAAAUUAAUGUUGAAUUAAGUAGAAAAGUAAAAAUUUUUAGACACCCAAAAUAUUUAUUUAUUUUAUUUUAUUUAUUUAUGAAUAAAAAUACAGAAUAAAGAGAUUUUGAUGAAAUGAUCAGGAAAAAUAACCAAAUUGUAUCUAAAAAUAUAUUUCAAGCUCAGGUUUAAUUCUUUAUUUCUGACAGAAGAGUUGGUCACACACAAGGGCCAUCAGUAAUUUGAGAAUCCGGCGAUAAUUUUAUCAUUCUUUUUAAAGUUUGAUAGAUGUCAUUUUGAUGAUUUCUUUUUUUAAUCUAAUUUUAUGUUGGUGGGUUUGUGGGGUUCAGAGGAUUAAAGUUGUUUGAAGUUACUUUCCACAAAAACCACUCCGUCACACGUUGUUUUAUAAUAAUAUAAAGUACCACAGUGUAGAAAUACUCUUUCUCAAGUAAAAGUACACAUUUGAUACUGAUUGUGUCACUCCGUCCUCCCAUCAUGACCUCCUCCUCCCACUCUGAAUGCUGACACCCCUCUUCUCCACCAAUACAAUCUGUGUGUGUGUGUGUGUGUGUGUGUGUGUGUGUGUGUGUUUGUACUUCCUACAUAGUGAGGACCGGAAAACACAUUUUUAACCAACGGAGUGAGGACAUUUUUGCAACAUUGCGACAUUUCUGCCGGUCCUCACUUCUUUAGAAGCCUUUUUUGAGAUUUCAGACUUUGGUUUAAGGUCACAUGAUAAUGAUAAUAACUGAAACUUUAUUGUAUGGUUACAAAACUAACUAAAAUUAUAGUUUGUGUGUGUGUGUGUGUGUGUGUGUGUGUGUGUGUGUGUGUGUGUGUGUGUGUGCGUGUGUGUGUCUGAGGCUAUUUCAGCCUGGAGGUCGUUCACUGACAAACACUGGCUGAUGACAUUUAAAGGAGGCGUGCUCUGUGACUGUUGUCCUCUUGCUUCUCCUUGUCAUGUUGAGGGUCGUUUCCCCCUUUAAUCCUAAUUAUAACAGUCGUCACAUGAACGCAUCACGAGUGCAGAUAUUUUUAAAUCAUGUUUGUUGAUCUCUUUAAUAAAAGUUGCUCUGAUUUCUUCACAUGACAUCAAGAAAACUGCUAUAAAAUGGAAUAUUAAUAUUAUUUUUCACUUCCAAUGAGUUAAAUAUUUUAACCAAAAUCGGUUCGGAUCAAAUAUCAAUUUAUUUUUAGGAUUAAUAAAAACCCUUUACAUUUAUAUAUCUAUAUCUUGAGAGAUCCCUGAACUUUGGCUUUAAUGAAGAACAGGACAGUCGUCGGCCAAUAUGAUAUAUAUGAUAUAUAUCAUAUAUUGUUUAAAUUGCAACCUUUUCUUUAGUUUGUUUCCAUAAUGCCACUGUUUUGCUUUGAUUUUAUGAAUUAUUUUCUCAAUCCUAAAUGCUAAGGGGAAUUUUUCUAUUUUCUUUCUUUUUAACAGUAGGUUUUAAAAAAAAUAUAUAAUAGAAUAAGCACAAAUAUUUUGAAAGCGAUAUGACUUUCUGUUUACUAGGUUAUUACUAUGGUAAUAAGAACUUGUGUUUUCGUUCUUGGCAUACUUGAAAGAUCAGCAACAACAUUGAUUUGAUUGAUUUUUUUUUUUUGGCAAAAUCAGAUAAAAAAAAAGACUUGCACUUGUUACCUCUGCACUUGUUACCUCUGUGGAUCUAUAUCCAUUUUGGACAAUCUUGACAUUAAAUUAUCAUAUCGUCCCAUGCCUGGUUUACUUCCUGGUUGGCGUGAAGAGGAGGACAUCUGAGUACUGCAGCCUUUAAAAACAACAACAAGUAUUCUUUAAAUAUCCAGCUGUGGUUCAUCACUGACCUCAGAUCUGUUUCACUGCUUUAGGAAAUGUCACAACUAUUUUAUGCAAACAAAUGUUCUGUGACAGAAAUGUUGUUUUGUUGAAUGUUAUGGAGGAUGUAAACAGUGUUUCUAAUCAGAAUAAAGUUUAAAGUUCUGCUGUAAACACAA